GGGACACCCCAAGGCCUGGCCAUGCUGGGAGCGCCCCGGGUGUUAGGAUGCGUUAGGGCCUUUCUAAAGCCUGGCUGCACUGGGGAUGCCCAAAGGCCUGGCUGUGUUGGGACACGGAGGGACACCCCAGGGCCUGGCCACGCUGAGGACGUGGUGAUCUUAGGGACCAGGCCGUCCCCACAGCCAGCAGGUGCCGCAUCCCCAGCUCUGUUCUCUCGUGUGCCCUGGCAGCGGGGUCAGGCAUGGCAGCCAUUUGGGGUGACAGCAGGGCAGGGCUGGGGACGGUGCCACCCUCACAGUCUCACCUCAUUCUCCUCUCCUGUGCCACGUCAGAGAGGCAGGGCGCGGGGUGCUGAGCCCUCCAUCUGCUCUGGGGACGAGGGACACGUGUGCAGUGCCAGGAGAGUCCCCAGAUGGCUGUAAGCCCAGCAGGCGGCUGUAAGCCCACCCUCCCUCUCUGCAGGACACGUUCUGUGCGUGGUGCUGCUGGUGCUGCCCGUGCGCUCCCUGGUCAGGCUCUACCUCCACCUGCUCACCGCACUGCUGCUCUGUGCGGGGCACCAGAGGGCCAGUGAUUAUGUCCACCAUGAGCUGGAGCGUGGGUUCCAGGGGGCUGUGUACAGCGACAUGGCAGAGUUUGGCCGCUUCACCACCGCCCUCGCAGGCCAGGUCUGCAUCUGCAUCCUGUGUGCAUUACUGAUGAGGACCCGGCAAGCCUGGCUGUUUGCCGCCCCUCUGCUGCCCGUGCUGGCCCGGCUCUGCGGCUUCCCCCUCCAUGCCCUGCCCCUGGCCAACACUUUCGCUGCCAUCCUCACCAGCAUGGAGGUGCUGUACGUGCUCAGCUCCCACAUCCUCAUCCCCUUCCAGCUGGCUGCUGCCGCCUGCCGCGAGAUCUUGCAGGCCAUGGAGCUGUACCGGCUGCUGGCGCUGGGGGUUUCUCUCUGGAGCCAGCUGUCCGUCCCCCUCCUCUUCCUCGUUUUCUGGCUGGUGCUCUUCUCCCUGCGCCUCUCCUCCUUCCUGGCCUCCUCCAGCAGCCCCGUGGCCCAGCAGGGGCUGCUCUUCGUCCUGCUCAGCAGCGUGGCCGAGUGCUGCAGCACGCCCUACUCCCUCAUCGGCCUCACCUUCACCGUCUCCUACCUGGCCCUGGGCGUGCUCAACCUCUGCAAAUUUUACCUGCUGGGCUUUGGUGCCUUCCAGAAUGGCAACGUCAUGCACAGGGGGGUGACGGAGGGUGUGACGCUGCUGCUGCUGGCGCUGCAGACGGGGCUGCUCGACCUGCAGGUCCUCCAGCGGACCUUCCUCCUCAGCAUCAUCCUCUUCAUCGUGGUGACGUCCACGCUGCAGUCCAUGAUCGAGAUCGCUGACCCCAUCGUGCUGGCGCUCGGGGCCUCCCGCAGCAGGAGCCUCUGGAAGCAUUUCCGCGGUGUCAGCAUGUGCCUCUUCUUGCUGAUCUUCCCCUGCUUCAUGGCCUACAAGAUCGCACACUUCUUCCACCUGGACUUCUGGCUGCUCAUCCUGGUCUCCAGUUGCAUGCUCACCUCCCUGCAGGUGAUGGGCACGCUCUUCAUCUACGCUCUGUUCAUGGUGGAGCUGCUCCAGGACACGCCGCUGGAGCGCAUGGAUGAGAUCAUCUACUGCGUGAACGCGGUGAGCCGGGUGCUGGAGUUCCUGGUGGCUGUGUGCGUGGUGGCCUACGGCACCUGGGAGUCCCUGUUCGGGGAGUGGAGCUGGAUGGGAGCCUCGGUCAUCAUCAUCCACUCCUACUUCAACGUCUGGCUGCGCGCCCAGUCGGGCUGGCGGAGCUUCCUGCUGCGUCGCGAGGCUGCCAAGAAGAUCAGCUCCCUGCCCCGGGCGACGCGCGGGCAGCUCAGGGACCACAACGACGUCUGCGCCAUCUGCUUCCAGGACAUGCAGGUGGCCGUCGUCACCUCCUGCCACCACUUCUUCCACGGCGCCUGCCUCCGCAAGUGGCUCUACGUGCAGGACUCGUGUCCCAUGUGCCACCAGCGGGUCACGCCGGCGGCCACCAAGGAGGACGGCGACGCGGGCGCGGCGGCUCGCUCCAUUCCAUGCUGCAGCUGGAGGUGGGACUGA